AUGGGGCUGGCCAUAGACAAUCAAUUGGAUAAUGUACACUGGAUAGAUUUUUUACAUACUAGGAAUCCUAAGAUAACCAACAAAUUCAUCACAUGGGAAGAAGCUUUUCCAUUUGUAUUAUGGGCGAUUUGGAGAAACAGAAAUGAAAACAACGUGAACAAUACUAGCAACCAUAUUAACACGACCAACAUUAUUAACCAAACAUUGGAAUAUCACUUGCUAACAUCCAAGUCUACUACUAAUAAUAUAAAAGUCAAGCUUAAAGUAAAGUGGCAGGCUCCUGCAAGGAGUUGGUACAAGCUCAAUCUUGAUGGAGCCUUCAACAAUAGCUGUUUACAUGAAGGUGUCAGUGGAAUAAUACGAAACAACAAAGGCGAAUGGAUACUGGGCUACUACGACAAGUAUCCCACAACAUCACCUAACCAAGCUGAACUCCAAGCACUAUGGCAUGCACUUCAAAUAAUUAUCAAGGAAAACAUAUUCCCAGUUGAAGUUAAAACAGAUACCACGGAGGUCAUUCGCUUCCUUUAUGAGGAUUAUCCUACUUAUAAUGAUUUAAUUCAUGAAUGCAGGUGGUUAAUGGAUAAGGCAACGCAACAAGGGAAGAUCACAAUGAACCAUAGCUUUCGUGAAGGGAACAUGGUAGCACAUCAGUUGGCAAAAGAAGCUCUAAUGUCUCAUAAUUAUAAUAAAACUUGUUAUUUUGUAUCACCUCCUAUCUUUGCAAUGGAUGCCUAUUGCAAGGACCAGGAUGGCCAUAUGUAUGUUAGAUCGUGUUCUAUAAAUGUGUGUAGUAAUCUAGCGGCNUUCUUUCUAAUAGUGAAUCAGGCCAAUACUCGAAAGAAUUGA